AUGAUAUUAGAACUGUUGUUUUUUUGUUAAGUCAAGGUUGCAAUAAGUUUCAUAACUUAUGAUAGUGGUUUAAGCAAAGCUUUUGAUUAAUAUACUGGAUCAGGAUUUUACUGCUAAAAUGGAUUUACAAAAACAGCUACAACCACAUUUUCAGGUGCUUUUGAAAAUAUCCCAUAAGUAUUUUUCACUUCUGAAAAGUAUGAUCUAUACGGUAAUUCUAUGGAAUACUAGUUGUCAAUUACCUCUAUCACUUAGACUUGUAAAUAUUUUUAAAAUUUUAGCAUUCAAUAUGUAUAUAAAAUGUGGUUUUUAAAAGAUGACAACAAUUUACAUUCGAUGGUUUGCUAUAGAUGAUCAAAGAGUUGAGGUUUUAAAUAAUUUUAAUAUGAAUGAUCCAGUAGAUAAAACUUUUUCUAUAAAAAAUCCAAAUGCUUAAACAGCAUUUAUAGUACUAACAAGUAUCUAUUACACUGGGCCAAUCGACUUCUUAUUAUCGGUAAUAUGUUGAAAUGUAUAUUCAGAUUACUUAAAUUACAACAAAUUCAGUCACAGUUGGAAUUACAAGAGUAGCUGGAAAAAUAGAAAAUUUAAAAUAGGUAGGUUAUUAGGUUGUUGUAGGGAUAGAGGAAGCCUUUAUUAAUUUAGGAUUAUAAACCUCAUAAACCUUAUACACUAGUAGUGUGAUCCCUAUAUAACCUUAAAAAUGGUUUGUCUUGGCAUUACAAGGAUUUGAUUACCCAAAUUUGGAUGGUGUCAGAUUAAAUGCAGUAUUCACAAAUACUGGUACGACUCUCUAAUAUACAUGGGGAAAAUGUACAUAAUAUUUUAAUCAUAUAAGGGGGAAACUUGGACACUCCAAAUAGUCAUUCUUAAGUUUGGGUAUCAUAUAUAUUUACAACUUCUUAUUUACCUUUAGAAUGUUUUAGUUUAAGAACAAGCAGGAAGUUUAAUCCUGAAAUAUCAAGUAUCCCAACUUUUUAUGUUGAAUUUGCCUCAUUAAAUUAAAUUUAUACAAUUAAUGGAAAUUAUGCUUAUAUAGUAGAUAAGAAUGUCUCACCUUUAAAAUUUAUAAUAUAAGUUAAAUGUUAGAGUGAUAAAAAAAUGUUAGCAAGCUUUAAUAAAUGCAAUAGUUGUAGUGGUUCCCUAAAAACUUAAUCCUAUAAUUAUUAAUGUUCCACUUAGAUGAAUUAUGUGGGUUUCUUUCCAUUAUUUAAGCAAUCAUUUUUAUAAUACAAUGAAAUUAAAAUUCUCAUUGAAGACUCUUAGCUUCUUAUUAAAUAAGUAACCUAUAAUCAAAAAAUUGAAGAGCAAACAUUAGUAAAUAUAGAAAUAUAAAAUUAAUGA